AUGGUAAUAUCCCAAUCGGUCAAGUACAUACAGCCCCUCCCAUCCGAUUGGGAAGCCAUGGAUACGCUUUGGCUGGGCACAUUAUCUUUCAGGGAUCAAGGUAUCUCAGGUAACCUCUGGGCGUGGACCGGUGUUCGUUCUCUACGUUGGUGGCAUUAUCUCUCCAGCCUGGGUAGCCAACUACUUGACUAG